CGUGCGCAGGUUCGAAUCUCCGCUGUCCCGCGGCUGCCCCCCAACGUCCGGGCCGCAACUGGGUGGCUGCGAGGGCAGCGCGCGCGGGCUUCGCCCGUGCCGGGGCGGCUGCGCCCCCUCCAUCCCUGUCUACGUCCCCGUCGCCGCCUCGCCUGACUUCGGCCUUGCCUUCCGCCCGCGCGACUAUCUGCGCUCGGCCUCCCGCGCCUGGCGGCCUCCGCCCGAGCCUCUGGGCCCAUGGCCAAGCGGCGUGCGGCUGAGCCGCUAACGUUCCACGUGCCUUGGAAGCGGCUCCUGCUCUGCGACUUCACCGAGGAGCCGCCGCCGUCGCCGCUCUGGAUCCCGCCGCCGGGGGCUUCACAUCCCGGGCAGCUCCUCGGCGUCGCCGAGCUGCCCCGAAAGCGCAGAAUCGACGCCGGGGCCAUGGCAGAGCCUUCGGCUUCGCCCAGCAAGCGCCGCGACAGCGGGAACAGCAGCGGCCGGGGCGGCGACGAGCGUGAGGGUCGCGGCCUGGAGACGGGCGAGCCGCCGCUGCUGCAGCCGCCCUCACGGCCCCACGGGCCGGGGGAGGAGCCCACGGGCGUCCGGCCCGCGAGGGGCGGGGGCGACGACGGGGCGGGGCGCGCAGGGCCCCCGCGGGGAGACUGGGGGGCAGCACCGCGCCAGCACAAUGAAGAAUUCUGGCAGUAUAAUACCUUCCAGUACUGGAGGAAUCCUUUACCACCUAUUGAUCUGGCAGACAUUGAAGAUGUAAAUGAAGACAACCCAACAGAAGCAACACUUAAGGGCAAGAAUGAAGUGGUGGAGAUUGACAUGGAGUCCUGAUAUAAGUAGCUGAAGAAAUGGGAUUCGUUGAAUUUGAGGAGACAUCUCUAAGUGAAUUCAUGUAUUCUUAAGAAAAUGUUAUAUUCCAUACCUGAUGUGAUACCAUUUCCAAACCUGAAAGAUGAGGAAAAGUUGUUUUAAAGAUAAAUGCCUGCAGUUACUACUGAACCUUCCAAUAGGCAUUUGUCGUUUAUAUUGCAGUAGGGGAAGUAUGCGUUCUUAUGUAUGCAUUCUUAAAGAAAAAUGCUUUGUUUAGCUUCUAAGUUUGAACAUACUGAUCUUAUAAAAAGGAAUUCUGGCAGUUUUAGAUAUAGGUGGGAAAUGCUCAAAUAUUCCUCCUGUCUGCACCAAAAAAUUUAUUUGUAGUACAUGAAAUGAAUAUUGUUUUAUAAUUGUUAUUAAUAAAAUACUUUCUAAUACAUUUUAUUGACUUGUUAGUUGAACAGAUAGCUGACUUGAACAUCUAUGCAAACUUAAAUUUUAGGGAAUUAUUUCUGAAAGCUUGUAUUGUUUCAAAGAGCUUUCUAAAUGUAAACUAGUGAGAAUUUCAAUUUGGGUAGCAUGUUUGCAUAAUUUGCAAUAGCUGAUGUUUGUUAAACUGUACUAUGAGCAAUCAAAAAUGGAUAAAGAUCAAUGAGAAAUGAGUUGGUACCUCAUCUUCCCCCCCACCCCCUUUUCCCAAGAAAAUUUUGUAUUACUAGUUCCUUGGUUUUGAAUUGCGUUGAGGGCAUGGUUUUUAUUGCUUAUUACUUUAGACCUGUAGUUCUCAACACUGACAGCACUUUCAAAAUCUUUGCCUGGGCCCUACCCUUGAGAGAUUCACAUUUAAUUGUUCUGAAGUGGGCCUUGGAUAUAGCUAUUUUUUAAAGCACCAGUUCUUCCCUCCAUUCUUCUAAUGUGCAGAUGAGGUUGAGAACCACUAGACUAAUAAUAGUUUUUCCUGUUUAAAGGAGAGAACUAAUUUGAGCUGAAGCAAUGCCUGUUAAUUAGCUUUGGUUUUAUUUUGCUCUGUUGAUGGCUUUGUUACAACUAAAUUAUUGUGUUGUUAUUAGUAUUACAUUGUUAAAGAAAUAAAGUAAGCAAUAUGUGAGUUAUAUGAGUAUCAGUGAUUAAGUUAAUUAACUUUGCCACUGCAUCCAGAAUGUUGGCCUUGUAAUUGAGUAACUUGGCCCUGCUUGUGUAUUUUUGUUGUUGUGAAUAACAUUAAAUCCAGAAUUCAGGAAAGAUGGUAAAUGCCAGUGAAUGAGAGGAAAAAAACAACGUUUGGUGUGUACUGCCAGAUUUAAGUAUGGGUUGACAUUAAUAGAAUACUGUAGAAGAGAAGACAGACUGUAUAGCAUUGUGGUCAGACAUGGUUCAAAUCUUGUACUGCCACUUCCUACCUAUGUAACAGUAAGCAAGUUAUUUUCUUCUCCAAACCUCAGAUUUCUCACCUGUAAAAUGAGAAAUAAUAAAUAGUAU